AUGAAGAUCUUGCGUGACCUCGUGAUUCCAAGGAAGGAAUUGCAGCACUGGACAGAUAACCUAACAUGGGCUAAGGAUGGAACGCUCUAUGUCACAACAAUCCCUGACGUGACAUGCUGCGAGCCUGUAUUUUCUCGAGAGAUAAACGGACAAGCAAAACAGCUGUUCUACACAAAGGAGUUUCCCCUCGAGCUGGGGAACAAAUUCGAGUAUGACCUGGCGGAGCGGGACGUGCUGCUGAACGCGCAGCCCGAGCCGGGGGUAGUGAUGUGCGCGCCUUCGCCCAGCGCGAUGCAGCUGGCUAUAUUGACCAACAACGCGAAUGUGAUAACAACAAUGGGGCAGACGUGCGUCGGGGUAUCCGAUGAGCGGACGCUGUCGGAGGCGGAAAGGGCAUACCGGGCGGUGUGCUGGGGGCCCGACGGCCGCCUGCUCGUAGUGGGCAACGAAUGCGGGGAGCUAAAAAUAUUUAGCGUGCGUGCGGCGGGAGGAGGGGCCAGCGUGGGCCACCUGCACACGGUGAGCGUGGGCGGGCCGGAGGAGUGGGUGGUUGGGAUUCGGUGGAAGGGUGAUAUGAUUGUGGCGUACACUAGCGCCAAUUCGGUGCAUAUGGUGUCCGCGGUGGACUACAAGCACCAGGAGCUACUAGGCGCUAGCCGGCGGCAGGUGACCGACGUCCAAUUAGUCGGCAAGCACGUUCUCGUGGCUCGCAUGGAUGCGCUUCACAAGAUUGAUUACUACUCCGGUCAAGUCGAGGUCUUAGCGCUUGGGUGGGGGACUGAGUCGUAUAUUGUACCGCUUCCGGACCAGGAGGCGGCUGUUGUUCUCUGUAACCGUACGAGUUGCAAAGUAUUGCUCGAUGGUCCUUUUGAAGCUGGCCCUGAUGACGUGAUUGCCCCGCAUAUUGAGACCAAAUUCAAAAAAUGGAAUACCGUUUUCAAUGAAUUCAACAAAUACGAGACUACCUUCAAUAUCUACGGCGUUGCUCUUUCACCAGACGGCUACUGCUUAGCUAUCCUAUACGAAAUAGAGCGGGUUAGCUUUAAAUAUCGGAUCUUGUCUGAGCUACAAUUUCGCAUAAUGUUCCUACCGCUCACCAGCAAAUGGAGGAUCACCCCCAGGGCGACAGGGUUGGCCUUAUACCAGAACUAUCACAUUUAUAACGGCCUGGUACCAGAGAACCUCGAAGAAACACAAAGCAUAGAUUUCAGCACCAAGCAAGAAUUUGCGUUGUUUCUGGAGGAGAUACGGAAUUCAGAACAAGUCAGCAAACUGCGUUUCCAGAAUUUAUUGCGCGACUCACCGUCUGACGAAUGGUACAAGAGAUUAUUGUACAAGUAUGCUCUUGAUAAUAGGGAUCGGAUCACUAAUCCGCUGGAUAAAGCGUGCGUUAUAUCCUUAGCCAAUAUUUUGAAGGUACCGGCACCGUUCACGUCAACGCUCGUGACGUUAAAAGGGGAAUACGUUACUGAAUCAUUUAAUUUUUCCGAAAAUGACGACCCGCGGGUUCUAAAAUCGGAAGAUGGCACUCUUUGGCAGAGGUGUGCGAUAACGUACCUACCUUUACUGACUGCUAGUGUCAAAGUUUGCCCCGUAAGCAACCAUCGUAUUAUCGAUAUCCGAAGGGACACAUACAAUGACUACGGAUGGCUCACAAGGACGCUUCUUGAGGUAUUUAAUGACGAAAGUUUAUAUACAGGUACCAGGAUGACUACUAUCUAA